GCCCGCCUCAGUCGCAGCCGACACCUCGCGCCGAACGCUUGCGCGUCGCUAGCUAUUACGAAUCUUUACUUCCCCGCGUACACUGAUCGCAGCGUCGGAUCACCGCCGUUUUCCACGUGAUCUGCAACGAAUAAAUUUAGAGUUUUGUGUGUUACAAAUAUUUUGGAAACCGUACUUACUGUUUUAAAGGGUGAACAUUAAAGUGAGGUGAAGGACGGCGAUGGUUAAUCGGACAAUCGGCGAGUAUUAAAGUUAUAAGACCUAGCGUCAAACGGGUGUCGUGUGAUGUGCCGUGUGCGGUGACGGGCGUCGACAGCAGCGGCGGAGACGUCGGUUCGGACGUCGAGCUGGGGGCUAGCGAGGUGGAGGUAGCGGUGGGCGGGCGGUGGCGCGCGCGGGCGCUGGAUGCAGCAGGAGCGGCGGCGGCGGGCCAGGGCCCCGGCGCCGUGGCGAUGACGGUGCAGCGCGACGAGCGCGACGCGCGCGCUCCACGAACUCGCUUCAUGAUAACAGACAUACUCGACGCUGCGCCUAGGGACCUAAGCGCACAUAGAGAUUCCGAUUCGGACAGAUCGGCUACAGACUCACCAGGUGUGAAAGAUGAUUCGGACGACGUAUCCAGUAAAUCCUGCGGCGGGGACGCAUCAGGUCUUGCGAAGAAACAAAGGAAAGCGCGCACUGCGUUCACAGACCACCAACUCCAGACCUUGGAGAAAUCAUUUGAGAGACAGAAGUAUCUCAGCGUGCAAGACAGGAUGGAGCUAGCAGCAAAACUUGGUCUCACCGACACGCAAGUUAAGACGUGGUAUCAGAACAGACGAACGAAAUGGAAACGUCAGACGGCAGUUGGUUUAGAGCUACUAGCCGAGGCCGGUAAUUACGCAGCGUUCCAGAGACUAUACGGUGGAUACUGGGCGGGAGUACCGGCUUACCCCGCACAGCCUACACCUACUGCCGACCUGUAUUACCGACAAGCUGCUGCUACUGCUGCUGCUGCCGCGUCAGCCUCUGCUAACACGUUGCAGAAACCCUUGCCUUAUCGGCUGUAUCCAGGCGCGCCUUUAGGGGGCGUUCCACCUCUAGGCUUGGGGUUACCCGGUCCUUCGGCUCACCUCGGCUCCCUUGGGGCUCCGGGGCUUGGAGCUCUAGGUUAUUAUGCACAAGCAAGACGUACACCCUCCCCUGACGUCGACCCGGGGAGUCCAGCCCCUCCACCCCGCUCUCCUCGAGAGCCUUCUAUAGAACAGCGUUCUGACGACGAAGAUGACGAUGAAACCAUACACGUGUAAAGUCAGUGAAUAAAAGACAACAAAGACAUAAUUUUGCAAGUUUGGUUCGUGUAAAAAUCUCAGUUGUGGUCGCAAGAAAUGACUUACAAGUGACUAUCGCAACUGCCAAGACGUACAAGUGCGUAACUAAAAGUUAUCCUGUGAAGUGAAAGUCACGAUUGAGUUUCGUUACCUUUUGUUGAAAUUCAGAAGAGACAGUGCAUAUUUAUUAGUUGCGUUUAAAACAUUUCUCGAAGAGACGGUUCGUUGUGAUGUUGAGAAUUGUUUCGAAGUGGACAAUGCUUGUCCGUAAUAAUUAUGUGAUAUUAUAAGCUCGGAUAAAUAUUAUUAAUAGUAGUGACAAGUUAUGUAUAAUAUAAAUACAUUUGAUGUCGUAUAACUCUUGCUAUAAAUAUUAAUUAUAAUGCUUUCGGAGUUCAAAAUUAGCAGCAAGCUGGUCUUGAUCAUAUAAUCUUAUUGUUUACAAAGAUGGGAUACUUAAUUUGUAUAAAACUAUUGAUUUUACAAAAAAUAUAUAAAUCUAAAUUCAUUUUAUGAGCCUAUGAAACCUGUAUGUAUUUUGUUUCGUAUAAAUUGCCACUAUUUAAAUUAACAGAUUAUAACAAACGCAUAAAACAUUUUUAUAAUAAUUUAUCUAUGUAUACUAAACAGUAUUAACUUCUUAAAAACAAAUAAAUAAUAUAUCAACAUUAAUUUCAAACAAUUGAUACAACGUGCAAAUAAAUUGUGUAUAAAUAUAAAUGUAUAAUUAUUAUUAUAAUGUACGUAUUGUUAGUAUUAAAUACACAAGUAAAAAAUAAGAUUAGGUAUACAGUAUUGUACCUAAAGCUACUAUAGAUAUAUGGCAAUGUACUUAAGCAAUCUAAAAUGUGGCAUUUUAUGUCAAAUAGAUUUUGUGGUGUUUUGUAAUUAAAAUGUUGUCAAUUAA